UGUUAUUCUCUGUGUGUGUGUCCAUGUGUGCGUUCUAAAAGUUCUCUCUCUUUGCGUUGCGUAUGUGAACUGUGUUCGCAAGUGACAGUUCGUAUGUGAACGUUGAGUGCUGUAUAAAGAGGUAUUGCGGUAGCGUCAUUGGUUCAUGCGGUUAAAAGAGCACCACAGUUACCCGUGCUACACGAUAGUAUCGUUGCGUUGUCGUUGCCGUCAAUGAGAUAGUGAAGCCGACGAAGAGACGCAACGAAGAGAGCCAAACGCAUCGAUACAUAUCAUUCGGUCUCUCUCUGAAGAGUUUGCGUCGAGAAAAUAAUCAAAUAUGUCUGCCGCCCUAAAGUGAGUUGUUUUGUUUUGACUCUAUCGGUGUGUUUAAAUCGUUUGUCUCACAAAAACCAACCAAUUCAUGCACAAUUCAUUGAUAAAAAAAGGACAGUGUUUCGUUGAAAAUGGAUUUCGCAUAAUGCAUAGUGGCAUUGUUAGUGAAUUUAGUGGAAAUGUGUAUAAAAAUAAAUUGAUGACAGUCAAAAAAUUGCUUCGACAAUACCAAAGACAUCCUCGUUAAGAGUGAAUGAGUGAGAGAGAAAGGAAGCAACGAAGUCAAGGGAAAAAAAAGAACCGAAUCACCAUCAAAAGUGACAAAAAGUUAUCGCACAAAUGAUUGACGCAGUUUCAUGGAUCAUUUUCAGCGAUUCGUAAAGCAAAUCUACACACACAAAAAACAACCCAAGAACAACGAAAUUACUAACGAAGUAAAAAUAAUAAAACAAUCAAAGAGUAAGGCAAACACGGAGCUCAAACGACAAAAGUGAAAGAAAAAAACAAGGGAAUAUUGGCUGAAAGACAAGAAAAUUUAAGGAACGAACAAAUAGCAACAACACAACAAUCGAACGGAAAUACGGAAAUUCAUUGACAGAUUUUGUAAUGGCAAUUGCCAACAACAGUACUACUGGUACAUCUGGUGGUAUUUAUGGAUGGUCCGAAUUUUGUGAACGUCAUGCACGGGCCGCUGCUUCCGAUUUUGCCAAAUCCUGUGUGCAUUAUAUCAACACAAAUCUGCCGGGCAAUGUGCAAGUGUCCGCUUCCCAUACGGAUUUCAUGAAGCGAUUCAUCGAAUGCUUUUCAGAGCAUUUUGAAACGGAAUUCUCACGACGACGACUCUCACAUCAAAAGCCAAAUGGUACGGUCAAUAGCAUCGAAGAAGAAUCAGAGCGAAACGAUCAGGUGGAUGCACCAAAACCGUCGAAACCAUUCUUUCGACGCUUGUCAUUCAAGGGACUUAAAAAAGGAAAGAGUUUUGUGUUGUUGCAGGCAUUAUUCCAUAAACAUCAUUCAGAGGAGGCGGACGCGUCGGGCAGUCGACAGGGGAAAGCGAAACUCUCCAAUAUUGUUGUCGAAUGCCGUAAAGUUGGCGAGGUUGUUGUACUCACACAGGAAAGUCUCGAAUCCGAAAAUCACAAGUGGGAAAAGUGUAAACUAGCUCUGGUCAAAACGGCCGGCGGUUAUUUGUUAGAAUUUUACUCACCACCAAAUGCCAAAAAGCCACGAAGUGGUGUAUUUUGCUUUUUAAUAUCGGACGUUCGUGAGACGACAGCACUGGAGAUGCCAAGCAGAGAGAAUACGUUUGUCAUUAAAGCCGACAAUCAUAUGGAAUAUGUGAUCGAAGCGGCCAAUUCGGAUGAUAUGCGAAGUUGGCUGGCAACUAUACGGUAUUGCAUGCGUAGCACACCAACGGUACAAGUACAAGGUGUUGAAACAUUGACAGCGAUGCCAAACUUAACAACGAUUCCUGCUUCACCUCCACCAGCUGCUACAGCGCCGACCACUAACACUGAAGGUGCAAUCGGUGGUAGCACAACAUUUUUAAACGACACAACAACGACAACACCCUCACCCAAUAAUUUAGCAUUGCAAAAUGAGACAAUUGGCCGAAGUACAGGCGAACGGAUAUCGACAUCGAGUAAUUUUGAGCUAACUGAAGGUGAUUUGGAAUCAGUGCUGGAGGUGGAUGCUGAUUUAGCGGCGAAUAUGCGCGAAUUUCCAUGGUUUCAUGGCACAUUGGCACGCUCCGAUGCGGCCAAUCUUGUACUUCACGGCGGUUCCAAUGGUCACGGUGUGUUCCUAGUACGACAGAGUGAGACGCGCAAAGGCGAAUUUGUAUUGACAUUCAAUUUUCAAGGCAAAGCUAAACAUCUUCGGUGCAGCUUAAACGAUGGAGGUCAAUGUCGUGUGCAACAUCUGUGGUUUCCAUCGAUACACGAAAUGCUGGAUCAUUUUAUGCAAAAUCCAAUACCGCUUGAGUCGGGCGGUUCGGCCGAUGUAACGCUCACCAAUUAUGUGUACAAUCAACAGACACCAAGACAUCCAAACCAAAUAAUCACAUUGAAUGCCAGUACACGGAUCAAGACAUGUGAUUUAGAGGUUACGCAUUUGCUGUUGAAUCAAUCGUCAUCGUCGACCAAUCUAUCGAAUUCCAGCACACCGACCGCAACCACUGGACUAAAUCAACAGCCGCGUAGCAAUGCCAUCGAAUCGGAAUCUGGACGAGCUGUCGACAAUCAAUACAGUUUCGUCUAAAAAAAGACUCACCUCACACUUUCAACGAACUGUACAUGAAUUUAUUUGGUUUUCGUUUUUUUUUCUCGUGAUUGUUCACGAUUGAGAGCCGAACAACUUUGUUUAUUUUUUUUUAUUUUUCCUACAAUGCACGGAAACACUAGAGUUUAAGGACAUCCAUUUUCCCAGUCGCCGAGAAAGUCAAUGUCUGGUCAAUAAAACACAAGUCAUUUUACGCACACAUUCAUUUGUUACAUGGAAUCACCACGCCAAUUUCUCUAUGUCAAAAUGCGCAAGCAAAACUAUCUGGUUGUUUUUAAUUCAGUUUUUUUCUUCUGCUUCUCUAUAUCGUGCAAGUGUACUGUACAUUUAUGGAAUUUUUUUUUAAAUUGUGUUACUCGAUGGCUAAGUUUAAUCACAACAUUUUAAAUUGUACUCCAUAUACGAAAAGGAACACACAAAAACAGAACAAUUUCUAAUGUAAACGCUACUUUUUAAAUCAGAAGGAACAUGAUUAAUUUUUAAUUGAAUGAAAUGAAAUGAUAUUCCUGUAUUAUAAUACGAUAAAUAUAUUUUAACGCUAUACUAUACUAUAGUAUAUCUUAUUACGGCGUACGUUUAUAUAUAUAUAGAUAUGAAUAUAUUAUUAUAAGCUGAAUAAGCAACACACAAUUUGAUAGUCAUAUUUUAUGCAGUAAUAAAAAUUUAAAAAUUUAAUGAAAAAAAAAA